AUGAAACGAAUACAUUGCUGGAAAAACUUCAUCGAACUGUCACUUGGUCAACUUGAACGAUGGAAAGAAUUAGCCGAAGAAAAUAAACAGCAAUUCGUUGAUUAUCAAAAGGAACAACUAGGAUAUGUUGUGAAAAUUCAAGACGAUGUGAAACAACUUGUAGAAGAAAGUGAUGCAACAGCUGAAGAAAUUCACGUAUUGAACAAACGACUAACUGAUAUAGAAAUAAGUCUGAAUUUAUUUACGAAAAUCUUUAUUGUCUUUAAUCCGUCACUGUCCUUCAAAGAACUUGUCACAGUAUCCACAUCGUUGAAUAAAAAAACACGAUCAACUAAACAAUCGAACGUCAGUCCAUCGAGUUUGACACAAUCACCAUCAGAGAACACACCGGAAAUACAAUCAAACAGACGAAAUCUCGUCUCAUCUACCUUCGCUCCAGGCACGUUUGAAGCUUAUACUCCUAGUGCACCACCUGCUCUGUUUGCAUCUGUUUCCAAUGCACCGUUUUAA